AUGGCUUAUUCACUACCCUCACUGCCGGCAAAGCAUGCCGACUUAGUGGAAUAUAUCAACGCCAAUCCAGAGACAUUUAUUCAAAAUAUAAUCAAACCCUACAAUGACUUCGACGCGGUUGCCAGAAAAAUAUUUGCACAAGAUCCAUCACACCCAUUGGUGAAAGACAAUCACGCCAAUAUUGUUCCUCUCUACACAGACGCCGGCGCUACAGACAUCCGUAUUCGGGCUCGAGAUCUGACCACGGAGACUGCAGAGCAAAAGGAAAAAUACAUCCUGACUCUUCCUGAUGAAAUCCGUCGCCCAAGUGGCUCUACCGCGACCGUGUCUUCGCUAGCUGAGUUCCAGAACAAUUUCGCUCUCUUCACAGAAGCGGCCCUAAGUGAUCUGGACUGGAGCAAUGUGGUGGCGGCUGGUAGUGCUGUGGUGACCUCUCUGCUUCCUGUACCCGACAAAUAUCGCAAUUCAAAGCGAGGUCUUCGACAAUACUACCAUGAGAAAUUUGCCCCAGCAUCUGAUGUUGAUCUAUUUCUGUACGGAUUGACUGAGGAGCAGGCCAUUGAGAAAAUCAAGCAGAUCGAGAACAAAAUCCGCAACACAAUCUUGUAUGAAACGACGACUAUUCGCACAAAGAACACAAUUACUAUUGUCUCACAGUACCCUACACGACAUGUCCAGAUAGUCUUGCGUAUCUACAAAUCAAUAGCCGAGAUUCUUACCGGCUUCGAUGUGGAUUGUUCAUGUGCUGCGUAUGACGGUCAACAGGUUUACGCGUCACCUCGCGCAAUUGCCUCAUACAUCACCCAGAUAAACCAGAUUGAUCUGACUCGACGCUCCCCAUCAUACGAGAACAGACUCUCAAAGUACUCUCACCGCGGAUUUGAAAUUUUCUGGCCUGCCCUUGACCGAUCGAAAGUUGACCCUACAAUUUUUGAAAGGAGCUUCAUGAGGACUGAAGGUCUCGCACGGCUAUUGGUUCUCGAAAAGCUUCCAAAGACUGGCGACAGAGACAGCUAUCUUACGAAGCGACGCGAAGAGCGCGGUCGACCUCCUCUAAGCCUUUAUCUACGACGUCGUCAAGGAAAGGCCUUGCAUGGCAAUAUUAAAGAUGAUUGGGAGGACGAAGUGCCUGAUUGGCAAGAAAAUGAUCAAAUCUCAGAUUAUCACACCUUUACCAUUCCUUAUGGGCGCAGGUUCAAUGCAAAGAAAAUCGAGAAGCUACUGUAUACAAAGGACUUAUUACUCAAUGCUCAGUGGAAUCAACCCAAGGACCGUGAAGUGUAUCUUCACCGCCACCCUGCAUUCUUUGGCGAAGCAGAGCAUGUGGUUGGUGACUGCUGUGGCUAUUGCCCUAUACCAGUCACCGAGGAAGAGCAGAAGAUUGCUGAAGAGGAAAGCAAGACCUUUAUUUCUGGGAGUGUGACCUUCAUCAAAGACGACCCUGGUCGGCAGGAAAUUGGCAGCUUCAAUCCAAUUACCGAGACUGAUUGGACAGCAAUGGCCUAUACCGGUCGAACCGAAUUACUCUGCCAAGCAAUCGUGUCGCAUGAUCUCGAGGCUGUCAAGAAAUUCUUUACUCAGUGCACCUGGGAUCCAGAUCGUCGUGAUUACACUGGACGUACACCCCUGCAGCUGGCUUGUAUCUCAUCCACUCCGGAGAUCGUUCAAUUCCUUGUAGAUCAAGGCGCCAGACUAAUUGCGAGGAUGGCGGAUGGAAAGACGGCAUUGCACCUGGCUGCUGCACGAGGCAAUGCCGAAAUUGUUCGCAUCUUGCUGAAGAAGAGCAAUGAGAAUGAAGAGGAAGAGCACCAAAAAAUGGCGUCAGUGAAAUAUAGUCAAUCUCAAGAUGAUGGCGAGGGUGGCAAUGAUAAAGAUGACACAUCGCAUACCUCUGCGUCAUAUGUCAAGCUGGACGAAGAUGGAGACGAAGAGCUACCCCCGACCCAUGACACUAUCGAAGAAAAUGAAAUGGACCCGGAUAUAUAUGAUAUCAACGUGGUCGCAUGGGAUAGUCUGGCCUCCCCUUUGCAUCUCGCCAUUUUACACGGCCACACGAAAACCGUCCGGGAACUUGUUGGCUCGUUUGGCGCAGAUGUCUUGAUGCCGAUCAAGAUCACAGACAACCACAGAAACAAGCCAUGGGCUGCAAUUCUAACGCUGGUACUUGUACUUGCUCUUCCAUUGGAUAAGGCGAAGGAGAUGUGUCAAACGUUGCUUGAGCUCGGUGCUUCAUCAAACCAGGCUGACCUCAACCACUGGACCCCAAUCCACUACAUUGCUCAAUCCAACUACAGUGAUCUGCUGGAUGUCUAUUUGGAACAUGAUGGGCCUGCUUUGCAGCGUGCGAUCAACCACAUGGCUGCGUCAGGCUCAGCGUGGUCAAACAGCAUGGUAUUUUGCUCCCCACUAGUGAAUGCUCUGACUGCAAAGAAUCAUAUCGCGGCAGAAAAACUGCUUCAAAUGGGUGCAACUGCUUCGUUUGAAGUCGACGAUUGUUGGAAAACCGCCAAAGCUCAAAUGGCCAAUGAAAUGCGCUAUCAUAAAGAAGAGCCAUGGGGAGAGAGAGGGCCUAAGCAGCCUAUUCUCUUCGCCGUUGAAAACGAUAUGCCUCUGGUUGCGAUUGAUCUACUUCGCCGUGGAGUGAAUCCCAACAGCGAAUGGAAGACAAAGUACAGCGAUGGCGAAGCGGUACUUGACCGAACAAGACAUGCUCUAAAAGAAAUGCGAACGUUCUUGAAAAAUGGUCCUUCAAAGGCAAACAUAUACAAUUCUUAUCACCAGACUGAGUUUGAAAAGACCGAUGAUGAGUAUAUGGCCGACUUCCCAAAAGGAAGCUAUAAGAGAUUUGUUAUCAAGCACAAAUUGGAGAUUGCAAGACAGAACAACCGGAAGUUCCAGGAACAGGAAGAUCGUCGGAAGGGUUCUGUGGACCAGCCUGGCCUCCCCGAGAAAAAAGAUGCAAUUACUGAAUUGGUGAAAAACUACGAAUUACUUGAGACAGAGCUGUUGUCAAGAAAUGCAGUUACCUACGCGGAGCUUCAUCCCGAUGAAACAAAGAAAUCCGAGCAAUCCACUCAACGGAGAAGGCAUCAAGAAAAGAACAAGAUCACCACUUUCGAAGCCAAAUUUUUCCAUCUUUCGAGAUCUCGGACUACUGAGGCAUCUCGAAAGGGAUAUGUGCAACUGUUCGAGGCUGCAUGGGAUGGCGAUAUUGACACAAUCAAAGCUCUGACGAUCGACAUGUGGGGACCAGAAAAGGAUCAGCCACCCCUAGAAAUCUCAUUGUGUGAUGACCUGGGCUCUUGCUGUUUGUCAAUUUCUGUUCUACGUGGUCAUCUACGCGCAGCGAAGAUCAUUCUUCAGAUACUUCAGGCCCAGUACAAAGUGAAGAAGUCUCAGACUCAGGUGCGAUUUGAACUUGAUCUGGAAGGUGCUUCUUCAGAUGACGAGGCCCUGCCUAUCGUCGGCCAUGCUGUGGACGACCAAUUUACCUAUGAGAAUAUCGGUGAACUUGCUAUUCAGGUCGAAAGUAAAGUUUCACCUCUGAUGGCCUUAAAGCAAGAAUGCGGAGCGUUUCGCUUCCUGGAGGCCGAACCUGCCGAUAAUGAGUUUAAGAAGGUGCCUACAGACAGGAAUAGUGGCUAUAGGUAUAUCAGGAUUAGCACUGUCUUCAAAUAUGCAAUCUUCAAGAACGACCUCGCUUUGCUGGACUGGCUCAUCAAGGCUGCGCAGGAUUGUACAGCGCGAGACCAGGAAAACAAAUCUCCGUUUAUGUUGUCUCAAGAGGAGUUUCAGCUUGCAAUUGCUUUAGGUCAUACCGAGUGCAUUGCUAGACUCAUUCAAGCCACCGCUGCUGGCCUCCCGCUCACCAAGAUGGGCGAAGCCUCAGGGGUCGAGAGUCGAGAGGAGCCCCAGUAUUACCAAGGUCUUUCGAUUCGGGGCAAGAAGCGCAAGGACUGGGUAGAGGCUGCACGACCUGGUCACAACAGUUCUAUGUCUAAAGAUUCUGGCCGUCCCCCUCUACUCAUCUCCGCAACGCAAGGCAAGCUCGCCAGUACUGAGUGGUUCCUUAGCACCGCGCCCAGUCGCCACUACCUAAACUAUGUCAAUGGGCAUAUGGAGCACGAGACAAUCCAGCGACUUGCCCGAUCUGAGAUCGGACUGGAUGCUUCAGUCAUGAAAUGGCUUCAAGAUCGAAAUGAGCUUGUGCUUCAUUGCGCAGUGAUGUCUCAUGAAUGUGAGGAAUCGGAAAAGCUGGUUCAGUACUUGGUCGACCACCACCCCGAGUGUCUAGAAGUACGAUCAUCAGAAGGACAUACUCCACUCUCUCUGGCAUUCUCUAUCCGUCGACACAGUUUUGCACGAAUAUUGAUCCAGGCUGGAGCCAACCAAGCAGUUCGCGAUUCCCAAGGCAACAACCUUCUUCACUUGCUGUUAGUAUCCGAUCGCAGAAGUGAAGCUUGCAAAGAUCCAGAAAUUGUCACAAAAUUUGUGGAGCUGCUGGAUAAAGACCUCGUUACAGGAAUGUUAACAGAGCGUUCUGGUGGCGAAAACUCAAGAACACCUUUUGCUCGCUGGCUGCACACAUGCCAAGACAUAUAUUUUUGUUAUCAAGAUUUCUCAGCCAAAGAAUGCGCAAUUGCUUCCACCGCCAAAGUUACAAAGAGUAUCCUCAAACUUGGUGAACCCACUAACCAGAAGUUUUUGGAACUUCUCGACGGUGCUGGCAAUACCCCGGUCCAUGAUACGAUCAGGAAAUGCCUCCCUCAUAUUCUUGAAGCCAUUUUGGAUUGUCGCCCGGAUCUCCUGUACCGAGAAAAUGCAACGGGCAAUACGCCACUUGAAAUGGCUGUUGACGCUUGGGUGAAUCGGAAUACCCUCACACCGCUCAAGACUUGCUUCAAAAGCAUCGGAAGUCAUGGCCAUGAGUGGAAAAAUGCGGUAGAGCGUGACUCUAAGCAAUUCUGCAAAGACCAAGAUACAAGGACGCGGGAAGAGAUCAUGAUGCAAGUCUGUCAGCAACGGGCACAGCGGAACCCUGGGAAGAGAAGACUGGUCACUCUUUUUGAAGCUAAUGAGGUAGCAAAAAGACUCGCAGUGAAGAAGUCGCGUGCUGAAGAGGAGGUCGAUUAUUGCUGUUACGAUGAAGAGGAUGAGAAUGCAGACAAGCUUGACGAAGUGGAACUAUGGGGACCGGCUGCUCUGUGUUGGUAG